AUGUCCGAAAUAUCUGAAAUAGCAUUUCAAGAAACAAACAUGGAAACCUGUAGUCUACCAGACGAUUCAGAUAAGAAAAUUGAAUCAACACAACUUCUACCGUCUAUCAUCAGUAAAGACCUCAUUGAAUCGGACGAGUUUAUCAGAGACAGAGACUUAUGUACAAAAUAUUUUGAGGGUUGGUGUGAGGGGCAGCAGGUUAUUUUUGUAGAACAUUUACUUUCUCGUAUGUGCCACUACCAGCAUGGUCAGAUAAAUGCCUUUCUCAAGCCCAUGUUGCAGAGAGACUUCAUUUCAGCAUUGCCAGCCAAAGGCCUUGAUCACAUUGCUGAAAACAUUCUGGCAUAUCUGGAUGCCAAAUCACUUUGUGCAGCUGAGUUGGUUUGCAAGGAGUGGUAUAGGGUUAUUUCAGAGGGCAACUUAUGGAAAAAACUGAUUGAACGCAAAGUUCGCACAGAUAGUUUAUGGAAAGGUCUUUCGGAGCGGCGGUCAUGGGAUCAAUACCUUUUCAAGCAAAGACACGAUGAAACACCAAAAGAUCACAAAUUCUACAGAACACUUUAUCCACAGAUAAUACACGAUAUCGAUAGGAUAGAAAACAAUUGGCGAACAGGUAAACACCAUUUAGAGAGAAUCCAUUGCCUCAGCGAGACUAGCAAGGGGGUCUACUGCUUGCAGUAUGAUGAUAGCAAAAUUAUCAGUGGCCUGAGAGACAACACAAUCAAGGUAUGGAACACAUCAACCUGUGAGUUUGUGCGCACUUUAAAUGGACACAAGCGAGGGAUUGCCUGCCUUCAGUACAGAGAGAGACUAGUAGUCAGUGGCAGCUCAGACAACACCAUCAGAUUAUGGGACAUCGAGUAUGGAGCAUGCUUGCGGAUUCUGGAAGGACACGAAGAGCUAGUCAGGUGUAUUCGGUUUGACAGCAAAAGGAUAGUCAGUGGAGCGUAUGAUGGGUAA